AUGCCUUCAGCUCCUGCUGAAGCACAUACCUUCAGCCCUGCCGAACCCCUGCUGAAGCACCUGCCUUUAGCCCCUGCUGAAGCAUCUGCCUUCAGCUCCUCUCCUGUUGAAGCUCUGCCUUCAGCCCUGCCUUCAGCUCUUGCUGAAGCACAUGCCUUCAGCCCUGCUGAAGCACUGCCUUCUGCUCCUGCUGCCUUCAGCUGCGAAGCAGCUGAAGCACUGCCUUCAGCCCUGCAAGCCCUGCUUCAGCUGAAGCACCUGCCUUCAGCCCCUGCUGAACUCCUGCUGAAGCACAUACCUUCAGCCCCUGCCGAAGCACCUGCUUCAGCUCCUGCUGAAGCACUGCCUUCAAGCAUCUGCCUUCACCUGCUGAAGCACGUGCCUUCAGCCCCUGCCGAACCCCUGCUGAAGCGUCUGCCUUCAGCUCCUGCUGAAGCCUUCAGCUCUGCUGAAGCACCUGCUUCACCCCUGCUGAAGCACCUGCCUUCAGCCCCUGCCUCAGCUCCUGCUGAAGCCCUGCUUCAGCUACUGCUGAGCACCUGCCUUCAGCCCCUGCUGAAGCACCUGCUGAAGCACCUGCCUUCAGCUCCUGCUGAAGCACCUGCCUUCAGCCCUUGUCUUCAGCCCUUCCGGAGUCCUUGCUAG